AUGAGGGAGUCCACGCGUCUGUAUGGAUUCACCAAUACGGAAAAUAUGGCAAGAUUACGAAACUGUUUACGUGGUGAGGCUCGAGAGGUAAUAUUGGCGCUGCUGUUUACCGCGAAGGAUCCAGCGGACAUUAUGCGGACACUGGAGCAGUGUUUCGACCGCCCGGAAGUGAUUAUUGAUCGUGCGUUAGAUGACUUGAAACGCCUUCCGCUCCCGGAUCAAACCGCCCAGGAGUUAAAUUCGUUCGCUAUUAAGUUGCAAAAUAUAGUUUGUAUUAUGCAGAACGUCGACGGCAAAGGAUACUUAUAA